GGAUCAAAUAGAUGCCAUGAUUCUCUCCGAGAGAGAAAAAAAACCUAACCCUAAUUCUGAACCCUGAUUCUUCCGUAUCCUUACAACUACAGGGGGAUUUUUGAUUCGGCUCGGCUGUGCAAAUAUCGGUUUGAAUAGCAUCGGUGAAGAAAAAUAAACCGAGAAAUCGCUGCAUGAACAGGACGGUGGGAGAGGGGGCGAAUCGGCUGGCGAGAGAGUAGGGAAGGAAGGGAGCAGACGAAAGCGAAACAUGUCUGCCAUAGUGUGCGGGAAGAGAUCCUUCUUCGAAGACCUACCAACGACGCCUCCCGUUUCCAAGAGAAUUCGCUGUUCUUCCUCGUCUCCGGUUCGGUUCUCGCCUCCUCGGUCCAUCUCGGCUUCUCCUUCUCAAUCUCAAUCUACGGCAUCGCAAGCGUCGGUGCUUGAUCAUCUCAGAGCUAUCUUCCCUGAUAUGGACAAGCAGUUUCUUGAGAAAGCUCUUGAAGAAUGUGGCAAUGAUUUGGAUUCCACAAUCAAAAGCCUCAAUGAACUGCGACUGGGUUCUGCUGAAAACAGCUUGGGCUUUGGAGCUGGUACUUCUGAUGUAGGUCUGGAAACAAAAGUUCAACUUCAGUCACAAGGUGUGGCUGCAACUAAUGGAGAGGUUGUAUCUUCUGAGGAUCCAUCUGCUCCAAAGAACCUCUCCAUGGAUGGUGCAGAAUGGGUGGAGCUAUUUGUUAGAGAGAUGAUGAGUGCUUCUAAUAUGGAUGAUGCCAGAGCCCGUGCUUCAAGAGCUCUCGAGGUUUUAGAAAAGUCCAUUUGUGCACGUGCAAGUGCUGAGGCAGCCCAGAGUUUUCACCAGGAAAACUUGAUGCUGAAGGAACAAGUGGAAGCUCUGCUUCAGGAGAACAUAAUUCUCAAGCGGGCUGUGUCUAUUCAGCAUGAGCGUCAGAAAGAGAGUGAAGAGAGGAACCAGGAAUUACAGCACCUGAAGCAGGUGGUCACCCAGUACCAGGAGCAGUUGAGAACGCUAGAGGUGAAUAACUAUGCACUCUCAAUGCACCUGAGGCAGGCUCAGCAAAGUAGCUCCAUCCCUGGCCAUUUCCAUCCAGAUGUCUUCUAAAGAAUAUGCUAUUGUGCUUUUCAGGAGACAGCUGUUGGGAAGCACUAAGAAUAUAUAGACUGGCUUUUAACUUUGUAAGGUGCUGUCUCAUACACAGAUUAUGCCUAUGAUUUGAAGACACUUAAAUUAGUCUAAACUUACAUUGUGUAGGGGUGCUUUUUGCCAUCGUUCUCCUUGAUUUGAAAACGGAUAUGAUGCCCAUAAAUGUUUGAAACUAGAUGUUCAAUGGUCAACUUCUUUUUUUUUUUUUUGGAUCAAGACACAAUUACCAUAUUUGUUUCUUCAACCACUUUUGCUUUGCCA